CAGGAAGAGCCGACACACCGGCCACUGCGCAGGAGCGGAAGUGAUGAGAGAACGGAGCACGCAGUCCUCUUCCUCCUCCAGGCAUAUGUGUAAAGACCACUCAUGGCUUCCCAUCUGAGAAGUAGAGUAAGAACCUGUCAGUGUUACUCAUUGCUUCGUAAUGCUUUUAGAUGUGUUUUAUUUGAGAAAAGAGGCUUGAGUAAUGAUACAUCAACAAAGUGUCAUCGUCGAGUUGUUGUGACAGGUAUUGGAAUAGUGUCCCCUCUUGGCGUUGGCACACAGCUGGCAUGGGAUCGACUCAUAUUAGGAGAAAGUGGAAUGGUCGCUCUUCAAGGAGAUGCGUAUAAAAAUAUCCCUUGCAGAGUAGCUGCUCGUGUCCCCAGAGGUCAUGCAGAAGGGGAUUUUAGUGAAGAAAAAUAUGUUUCCCGUUCAGAUACAAAGGCAAUGUCAUCUGCAACGAUUAUGGCCUUAGCAGCCGCAGAGGAAGCAAUGAUCGAUGCAAACUGGAGUCCAAAGUCUGAAGAAGAACAAGAGUCUACUGGGGUGGCGAUAGGCAUGGGCAUGGUACCUCUCGAUGACAUCACAGAGACUGCCAUGUUGUUUCAAGCAAAGGGGUAUAACAAAGUCAGUCCCUUUUUUGUUCCGAGGAUAUUAAUCAAUAUGGCUGCGGGGCACAUCAGUAUUAAAUACAAACUUAAAGGACCAAAUCAUGCCGUAUCAACCGCUUGCGCCACAGGAGCUCAUGCUAUUGGAGACUCAUUUAGAUUUAUCACCCAUGGGAAUGCUGAUGUUAUGGUUGCUGGUGGAACAGAGUCCUGCAUCAGCCCAUUGUCAGUUGCUGGAUUUGCAAGGGCUCGUGCACUCAGUACUAGCUUUAAUGCAACUCCUGACCAGGCUUGUCGACCUUUCCAUCCUGAAAGAGAAGGAUUUGUUAUGGGAGAGGGAGCAGCUGUGCUGGUACUAGAAGAAUAUCAACAUGCACUGGCGAGGAAUGCUAAAAUCUAUGCCGAAAUUCUGGGUUAUGGACUGUCAGGCGAUGCUUGUCACAUAACUGCUCCUAGUCCAGAGGGUGACGGUGCAUUCAGGUGCAUGAAAGCAGCCAUUGCGGAUUCAGGGCUACAUUUCAAAGAUAUAUCCUACAUUAAUGCUCAUGCCACCUCUACUCCUCUUGGGGAUGCCGCUGAAAACAGAGCCAUCAAAAGACUUUUUGGAGAACAUGCGUAUUCAUUAGCAAUCUCUGCAACCAAAGGUGCUACAGGUCAUUUGCUGGGCGCAGCAGGUGCUAUUGAAGCAUCUUUUACAGUUCUGUCUUGUUAUCAUCGAAUUUUACCACCUACUCUAAACCUUGAUAGGACAGAACCAGAGUUCGACCUUAAUUAUAUUCCUCUGAAAGCCCAACCGUGGAAGUCUGGAAAUAGACGUGUAGCAUUAAGCAAUUCAUUUGGUUUUGGGGGAACCAAUGCCACACUUUGUUUUGGCAGUUUGUAAAAAUUUAGCUUUAAUUAUUUUUCUAGAUGAACUUCAGAAGUUAAACUCGGUUUUGGCAUUAUUGUUCUCAGAUGACAUCUGAGGUUAUGUAGAAUAAAAUGUGCUUUGAUUCAUAGGGGAUACGUUGAUUGUUACAAUGUGACUCUAGUGAGUGAUCUUCAGUUUUACAGGACCAGAUUGUGACGAUUUGCUCCUCUUGGCCAAUUUAAAGGGUUACCCUGUCUUAAAAUAAAGAAAACCUGUCACAGGAAAAUGUCAUA